AUGUUGGGCAGCUCCGCGCCGCGGCCUGUGGCCCGCGAGACGGCGGCACUGCAGGCGCUGCAGCAGACGGGGUUCCAGGAGGACCAGGAGAACAUCAACCCGGAGAAGGCGCCCGCCCCGCAGCCGCGGACCCAGGCCGCGCUGGCUGUGCUGAAGGCCGCGAACCCGCGGUGUCCCGCGCCGCAGAAGCCCAAGACGCGCCGGGUAAAGGUCGCACCUCUAAAGGAUCUUCCGGUGAAUGAUGAGCAUGUCACUGCUGUUCCUCCUUGGAAGGCAAACAGUAAACAGCCUGCAUUCACCAUUCAUGUGGAUGAAGCAGAGGAGGAGACUCAAAAGAGGCCAUCUGAAAAAAGAACAGAGUGUGAGAAUGUCCUGGCUUUUAGUACAGCUGCUACUUUACCUGGACCAAGAAAACCUCUGGUGCCUCUGGAUUAUCCGAUGGAUGGUAGUUUUGAGUCGCCACACACUAUGGAUAUAUCAAUUGUGUUAGAAGAUGAAAAGCCAGUGAGUGUUAAUGAAGUGCCCGACUACCACGAGGAUAUUCACACAUACCUUAGGGAAAUGGAGGUCAAGUGUAAGCCUAGAGUGGGCUACAUGAAGAAGCAGCCAGACAUCACUAACAGUAUGCGGGCUAUCCUUGUGAACUGGCUGGUUGAAGUGGGAGAAGAAUAUAAACUACAGAAUGAGACCCUGCACUUGGCUGUGAACUACAUCGACAGGUUCCUCUCGUCCAUGUCAGUGCUGAGAGGGAAACUUCAGCUUGUGGGCACAGCUGCCAUGCUGCUAGCCUCAAAGUUUGAAGAAAUAUACCCCCCAGAAGUAGCCGAGUUUGUGUACAUCACCGAUGAUACCUAUACCAAGAAACAGGUGCUGAGAAUGGAGCACCUAGUUUUGAAAGUCCUUGCUUUUGACCUAGCUGCACCAACAGUAAAUCAGUUUCUUACCCAAUACUUUCUACAUCAGCAGCCUGCAAACUGUAAGGUUGAAAGUUUAGCAAUGUUCUUGGGAGAGUUGAGUUUGAUAGAUGCUGACCCGUACCUGAAGUACCUGCCAUCAGUCGUUGCUGGAGCAGCCUUUCACUUAGCUCUCUACACUGUCACAGGCCAGAGCUGGCCUGAAUCGCUGGUACAGAAGACCGGAUACACCCUGGAAAGCCUCAAGCCCUGUCUCCUGGACCUCCACCAGACCUACCUCAGAGCCCCGCAGCAUGCACAGCAGUCCAUAAGGGAGAAGUACAAGCAUUCGAAGUAUCAUGGAGUUUCUCUCCUCAACCCACCAGAGACACUAAACGUGUAACGUGGAAGACUGCCUGUUUUCUAAGAUGUAAAUCCCUCAGAGUACAUGGUGUACAGUUUUUAUCUUGGGUUGUCAUUUCACAAUCAUUUAUGAACAUAGAAGUUAUGGUCAAGGACAAAUUAUG